AUGUCUGGCAACUUGGGGACAGCAACCUGGACUCUGUUCUUCCUCCUCCUUGCACCUGGCUGGGUAGAACCGCAAGCCUGCACGUAUCCAUGCCAGUGUCCCUCCCAGCCUCUGCAGUGCCCCGCUGGCACCAGCCAUGUAUUGGAUGCCUGUGGUUGCUGCAAGGUGUGUGCCAGGCAGCUUGGCGAGCUCUGUUCCCUGCAGAAACCCUGUGAUCAUCACAAGGGACUCUACUGCGACUUCUCCAAAAUCCACAGAGGCAGCGGGAUCUGCUUAGCUCACGAGGGUGCAACUUGUGACCUGCUGGGCAAGAUCUACCACAACGGGGAGAGCUUCCAGCCCACCUGCAAGCUGCAGUGCAUCUGCAUGGACGGGGCCAUCGGCUGCAUCCCCCUCUGCUCCGACGACCUGCGGCUGCCGUCCCCCGAGUGCCCCAACCCCCGGCGGGGGAAGUUUCGCAGUAAGUGCUGCGAAGAGUGGAUCUGCGAGGAGGGCAGUGAGGAAAACCGCUUCGAGACAGCCAUGGCGGUUUUCCGGGAGGAUCCAGCACACAAGCCGGAGCUGAAUAACCUGCAGGAGAACUGCUUGGUGCAGACCACCGAGUGGAGCGCUUGCUCCAAGAGCUGCGGCAUGGGCAUCUCCGCCCGGGUAACCAACGACAACCCCCAGUGCCGCCUGGAGAAGGAGACCCGGCUCUGCAUGGUCCGGCCCUGCGACUUCCCCGUGGAGAAAACCAAGAAGGGGAAGAAGUGUGUGCGGACCCCAAAGCCACGCCAGAGCCUCCACUUCGAGUUUUCGGGCUGCACCAGCACCCGUUCCUACCGGCCCAAGUUCUGCGGCAGCUGCACGGACGGCCGCUGCUGCACCCCGUACGUCACCAGCACCGUGGAGGUGGAGUUCCGCUGCCCCGAGGGGGACUUCUUCCAGCGGAAGAUGAUGUUCAUCAAGAUGUGCUCCUGCCACUACGACUGUCCCCGAGACAACGACAUCUUCCUGGCCACGUAUCACAGGAGGAUGAUUGGAGACCACGUCAAGACGGAGAGGCAGUAGCCCUCUCCGUGCCAGAUCCGCAGGCCAAGGUGUGAAGAGGGCUCUGCAGCGCUUUCGUGGCUGUGUCCCGGGACAAUGCAGCCUCUUACCCCUCGUGAGGGGCUAACAGCACCGUUCGCCACCAGUGGUCCCAGUGGCCUUCCUAACAAGCCGAGGUGCGUGGGGGGAACAGCCCCAUCUGCCCCAGGCUCCUGACCUUCACCCAUGGUGGUGCAAAGGUCAGUGAAGGAACCAGAAACAGGCUUGAGCUGCAAAUUUGAUCCAUGUUCCCACUGACCAGAUGGAAGAGUGGAUCAAAGCCGCGUGGCUCCAGCCUGUCUCCAGCUGAGGGCGCAGCGGGUACGAUUCCCCGUGGCCACUGGCCUCCCAAAACCAUGUGGCAAACCCAGAGCACGAGACAGGAGAAGCCCAGGAGGCCUGACCUGAAGCCGAGCUCCGCAGCCUGCUUUCCAGCAGAGCGGGGCUCCGCUGCGCAUUGAUGCAAAGCUUCUCGGUGAGGAAAGGGUCCUGGCCCCGUGCUGGGCUCCUGCUGAGCUUUUCAAUUAUUUUUGGUUAAUUGGAUCCAACAAGUUGGCAAAAGCUCUUCCCCAUCCUUGUGCCCACUUUUCACCCUCCCAUGUGCUUUCCCGUCAGCAGCUUUGUUCCAGAUCAGUUUCACAGAAUCACAGAAGGGUUGGGGUUGGAAGGGACCUCUAAAGGCCAU